CAAACAGACAUCCAACUAAGCUUUGAGUUAUCUGAAAGCGAAGUAUCCGACACGAUCUACUGCCGAUGGUCCAGGGUGCACCAGCGCUCAAACGGUCAGGGACACAAGCAAGUCAGGACCUUGAACAACACGAGGCGGAAAACAGCAAGGAAAACAGAGUGCCCAGAGAAUCAAGUGCAAAUCAUUGCACGCAGAAACGUGUAAGAUUGAGCCCAGAGUUUACGAGUGUAAACACGAGCGAGACAGCGCCGCAGCCGAGCGCGCCGAAUAUAGCGUCUGUCGCACAGCAGCAGAGUGACACGGGUUCAAGUACAAAGGACAUGAGUGGCGCAUCUACAUCCACUAGACCCCUAAAGGGAAGAAAGGCGUUCAGGUCUGACCUCGAGACGCUCGUACAGCACGGUUUGCCAGCCAAGGAUGGUUGGUCCGCCACAGACUUUGGCGACGGUGAAGACGACGGCGCGAUCCAGUUCCAAGCCUCCCACGACGCGCUCGGGCUCACCAUCACUCUCCUGGCCUCUGAAACGUCAGAAUACCCAAAGAACCAUGUCUUCUUUGUCUCCUAUACCCUUGGCGAACACCCCUCGGUCGACGACGCGCUCCUCGCUAACGUCACCGCCGUGCUUGAGGAUCUCCCUCAAUUCGAAGGGCUCACGAUCGCGGACGCGGCGGAGCGCGUCCUCAAGAGGCUGCGCGCUUCGACGACUGACGGGGAUGUCGAGAUGGGCUCAGCGGACGAAGACGAGGACGCGCACACGGAAAUCAUGGAUGACCCGGCUGACUUUGACCAUGAUUUCAUGACCAUGAGCCAGAGUAUCGCGGAGAUCGGGUCGCCGAGCGUGGAUAUGGCGCAGCUGAAGCGUGACUUCCUCGGCACCCUCGCCGCCUCCUACCGCCCCGGCCUCCUCCGCACCACCUCCGCACAUUCCUCCCUCUCCCUCUCCGUCUCGCUCCCCCUCUCUGCGCUCUCGCACGCCAUCCCCGCACACGCCCUGCUAGCAUGGGACCGCCGGCUCCUCACCCCGCGCGCGCACCUCGUGCUCGUCAUAUCGGGCAUGCACGGCGUCUACCCGCCGCUCGACCCGCGCACAGCGGCGCAGACGGAGGAGGCGCGCAAGCGCGGUGCGAAGAUGCGCUUUGUCGUGGGCCUGGUGAGGGGCGGCGCGUACAAGCCCGCGGCGGAGGCGGUGACCGGGGCGUUGCGGACGUUUGGACUGAAGGCGCCGGCAGCGCCGACAGCGCAGGCGCAAUAUGGGGACGGAGUUGUGGACGCCAGUCUUCUCCUGCCCGACGAAGACGGGUUCGGAGCGCCGAAUGGGAAGCAAGGAGAGGAGGCGGAGGAGGAAGGGGAAGAAGACGGAGGCAAGAUCCACAAGAUGAGUCUGAGCGCGUCGCUCGAGCGCCUGCUCGAGACCCACCUCGUUCCGAUUCUCCAGCUGCGCAAGCGUUUUGGCCUGGGAUGGGCGGGCGCGGAGCAGCUGCACGAUGCCGCGACGACGGGGCAGCGAGACGCGGGGGAGGUUUACAAGGAGAUAAAAAGGGAACUCCAAGCCGCCGACAAGAAGGAACAGAAGCAGGCGCAGACGCACACGCUCCCGCCCGACCCGCUUUCUUCUCCGGGGGCGGAGGCCGAGCUCAACUUCCCGCUCGCGGCGUUCGCGUUCUUGCUUCGCCGGCUUACGCUCUGCACGCGGUACUGCAUGGUGUGCCACCGGAGGCUGACGACGGACUACGAGGCGCUCAAGCCGUACGUGUGCGACGCGCCGCUGUGCUCGUACCACUAUUACUCGCUGAAUCUGGGGCCGUCGCUCGAGUACGAAAUAUGCACAAACGCACCCACAGUCGACCUCCUCGUCUCGCUCGCGCACCUCGCCGCCUCGAGCGGCGCACUCGACGAGCCGCUCCCGCGCGGUCUUGGUAUGCGGGUGCCGCCGCCAAAGGGGUCGGUGAGGAAGCCGCCGCCUCGGACCAUGUUAGGGCUAUUGGGAGCGGGAGCGGCACCGGGACCCGUUGCGCAGCCGCCCCAGCCCCAGCCCCAGGCGGCGGGGACGGGUGCGGGGCCAGCGUCUGCACCCGCUCCUGCCAUUGCCGCUGUCGCUACAACGGCGGCGGCGGCGGCUCCAGCGGCGACGAGUGCGAGUGCAAGUGGAGCCGGAAGGAUCACGCCGUUCGUUGCUGCCGCUGCGGCGCAGUUCGGGGUGACGCCUGCGCGGGCUGGAGGUGCCGUGGCUUCUUCUUCUUCCUCCCAGGUACCUGCUGGAGAGGGGCCGGACCGGCCGGUCACCGCCGCGUCGGAUGGACUGUGCGAGUUUGACGAGCUGAGUGUGCCGCAGAUGCGCAAGUCUAUCGUCGAGAUGAUCGGCAGGCUUCCUCCCAUCGAAGACAUGAAGUCCCACCUAGAACAGAAAGUCAUACCAGGCGUCACGCGUCCGACGCUGCGAGACAUGGACCCCGAUAUCCCACUCGCGGCGUGGACGAUCCUGCGGUGGUGCGUCGCCUCGUGUACGGCGGACAUUCACGUUUCGGAGCCGGACGAGCGGAUCCGGAACGUCUCGCGCAAGGACUGGAUGCAGUUCCGCUUUGUGGUCGGGGCGCCGGAUAAGGAGGCGCAGUUUAAGGACGAGGUGGAGAAGGCGAAGAAGGAGGAUAAGAAUGCGGCGAAGUAUCCGACGAUUCUGGGGUUCCACGGUUCGCCUAUUCAGAACUGGCAUUCGAUCAUCCGAAAUGGCCUUUGGUUCAAGUACGUUGCCAACGGGCGAGCAUUCGGCCAUGGGGUGUAUUUUGGCAAGGAUGGGGCGACCUCGAUGCACUACGGCGCCUCGGGUGGUGCUUCCACACACCAGUGGAAAAACAGCAAGAUCAUGCCAAGCACGUGCCUUACCCUCGCUGAGAUCGUGAACCUGCCGCACAAGUUCGUAUCGAAUAAUCCGCACUAUGUUGUCGGUGAUACGAGCUGGAUCAUGUGCCGUCACCUGCUUGUGAAGACAUACGAUGACGACGAAGAUGACGAGCCGGAAAGUGUCUCCAAGGUCCCGUUGAUGACGUUCGAUCCGCAGCGGCCAACGACGCUGAACCAACAGGCCAUCGCUGUUCCUGAGCCAUCGCACAAGAUGUAUAGGCUCCUGGAAGCAUGCCGCAAAGCCUUCGAGGAGGUUCCCUUCGACGAUGAAGACCAGAACGUGUUCGGUUACUCGGGCGGUGCUCACGCUCGGCCCUCUGACGGCGUAUCGGCCUCGUCUUCUGCCUACUCUGGACCCGCGAACGGCGCCCCGGAAUGGACACACGACCCCGACUGGGUCAGCACAGCCGUCGAAACGAUGCUGCCCCCGCCCCUCGAGUCCACGCAGAUGGCCGUCGCGCCCCUACAGCGCGAGCUGCGCGCGAUGAUGGCCGAGCAGACGAAGGCGUCCGCUGCGGGCGGGGCAGGGCUCGCGGAGCUCGGGUGGUACAUGCCGCCGGAGCACAACGGUGAGAACCUGUUCCAGUGGGUCGUCGAGCUGCACUCGUUCGACCCCGAGCUGCCAGUCGCGCAGGAUAUGGCGCGGGAGGAGGUGAACUCGCUGGUGUUUGAGAUCAGGUUCCCCCCGGAUUUCCCGCAUGCACCGCCGUUCUUCCGGAUUUUGUUGCCGCGGAUGUUGCCGUUCAUCCAGGGCGGAGGUGGACAUGUGACUGGAGGUGGAUCGAUAUGUAUGGACUUGUUGACGUCCGAUGGUUGGCUUCCGAGCUAUACCAUCUCCGCCAUUUUGCUUCAAAUUAAGCUAGCCAUUUCGAAUCUAGACCCGCGUCCCGCGAGGCUAGCGCAGAACUGGAGCAUGCCGUAUAGCCCGCAUGAAGCGCUCGAGGGCUAUGAGCGAGCGGCAAGGACACAUGGGUGGAAGAUACCGACGGGUCUGAACAGACUCGUAACCCGAGGCCGUUACUGAGCAACUUCCUUCACGUUUCUUGAUCUUGGUGAUGCAAUAAC